AUAAAAUAAUUCUAGUAACCAAAAUUGUAUAAAAUUUCGAAAUUUCGGAUCCUAGAGACAGCUUGAAACAAAGCUUUUCCAUGAUCAAGAGAUUGAAGUGCGACCUCAGUCCGGAGCUGACCACAUGUCUCAGGUUGGCGGACAAAGAUCGAUCCGAUUGUUGCCGGAUCCAAGACCCCAUUCCGUAUGAUGGCGAGUGCUUCAUGAAGGACAUUGGCAAUGAGCUGUCCAAUCUCUAUCGUCGCCAUGAGCGCAUGUUCGUUAAACGACGGCGGAUCAUGGAGAUGGCCCUGCCCAUUCGCCGACGUUGUCGCUACGUGCCCAAGUGCCCCUGUAAGUUUAGCAAGAAAAUCGAGAUGGUUCGCACCGACCAGCCCAGCUACACGCGCACGGAGCAGCUGGCACUGCCCACAGUGCGGCGGCUACUCAAUCGCAGGCAGCUCGCCAUCAGCACGGGCGAUACCAUCGGCGAAUCCAUCCUGAAUCGGCUGCUCCGCUAUAGCUAUCUCUCGCUCUACAGUCGUUUGACCAACAUACAGCCACUGAAGAAACCUGUUAAAAAGAAGAAAAAGUCGAAAAGGCAAAAGGCUCGGCAGAACAAGUUCUUCGCAAAGAUGGCCGUCCCGAAGGUGGUGCCGAAACCACCGAAGCUGGAACGACAAUCGAAGGAGAUCAGUCCGGGUCGGCUCAAGAAACUGUCGCGUCCCAAGCGCUACGUGGAGGAGGUCAAGCCCCAGUGGGAGCUAACGGAAACAAUGCGCAAAUACAAGCCAACCAAACGUAUCAAGAUUAUGGCCAAGCACCACGAGCGCGAGAAUGUACACAUCAACGAGAGUCCGGAGAAAGUGUCGCCCAAUGCACUGACUUACAAACCGAGUGCCCGCAUCAAGGAGAUGUCCCAGCCUCUAACAAUGCACGAAGCGAAUACGGUGCCGGCGGACAUCAAGGAAAAUCCCUUUGCCAUCGCCCCGAAUGCCCUCAAGUACAAGGCCACGUCCCGCAUGAAGGAGCUGGCCGAACCGAAGGAGUUCGAGAACACCCACAUACGCGAGAAUCCGUUUGCCAUCUCGCCGGCGGCGCUCAAGGCCAAGGCCACGCCACGCCUCAUCGAACUGGCCAAGCCCAAGGGCGGCUAACGAUUAUCCCCAAAAGUAUUUCCUUUUUCUGGCCUUUUAUCUUCGUUUCGAUUCGUUUGGUCAACUCUCAUUUAGGAUUAAAAGUUUAUUUAUCCCCAAUUA